GUUCUUGACAAAGAAAAGCGUUACUCGAUUACUUCUCGAACCCUCUCGAUCUGUCUGAAGAAAUUCAUCUCUAAAACUCGAAUCUUGGGAUAUUCCUUCUACUCUACAAUUUCCCCCCUUGUUUGUCUCUCGAACCUAGCAAAACCCUAGACCGAAAAACCCCAUGGCGAUUAUCUCUGAGGUGGAAGAGGAAAGCAGCAGCAGCCGACCUUCGAUGCUGCCGUUUAGGGCGACAUUCAAUUCUUCGAACCCUUUAGGGUUUUUGGAGAAAGUUUUUGACUUUCUUGGACAACAGAGCGAUUUCCUGAAGAAACCCUCCGCGGAGGAGGAGAUCGCCGCCGUGGUUAGAGCGGCGAAGGAGAAGUUGAGGAAGGCGGAGAAGAAAGCUGAGAAGGAGAGUGUGAAGCCUGUGGAGAAGAAGCCAGAGAAGGAGACUGUGAAGCCGACUAUGGCUGCUUCAAGUGCCGAGCCCAUGGAAGUGGAGAAGCCUAAGGAGGAGAAGAAAAAGGAAACCCAAACCGGUCCUAUUGUGCCUAACAUAGGUAAUGGAACUGAUCUUGAGAACUACUCAUGGGUACAGACUCUUCAGGAGGUCACAGUUAACGUUCCAGUGCCUACUGGUACUAAAGCACGGUCUGUUGUAUGUGAGAUUAAGAAGAAUCGUCUCAAGCUUGGUCUCAAAGGUCAGGAUCCAAUAAUCGAUGGAGAACUCUACCGGUCUGUGAAGCCUGAUGACUGCUACUGGAAUAUCGAGGAUCAGAAGGUAAUAUCGGUUCUCUUGACUAAGCAAGAUCAGAUGGAGUGGUGGAAAUGCUGUGUGAAAGGUGAACCUGAAAUAGAUACUCAGAAAGUUGAACCAGAGAGCAGUAAAUUAGCUGACCUUGACCCAGAAACUCGCUCGACUGUUGAGAAAAUGAUGUUUGAUCAAAGGCAAAAACAGAUGGGUCUUCCAACAAGCGACGAGCUGCAGAAGCAAGAGAUACUCAAGAAAUUCAUGUCUCAGCAUCCGGAGAUGGACUUCUCAAACGCAAAGAUAAACUGAUGCUCGUGUGGUCUUGGUCUCUCUGCUAAAAAAAAAAAACAGUUUUGCAUCUUCACCAGCUUGUUUUUUUAGUUGAAUCUCUUAAAAAACAUGUACCUUUAAGCUGCUUUUGUUUUGUCUACUUUGAAGCCAUAGUUUCAUCUCAUGUUCGGUUUAUUGUUCUCUUUGUUAUAUUGAAUGAAACUGUUUUCAAAUCCGGUUAA